ACGUGAUCACAAAUAAUGACGUUAUUAUGGUGCGACCAGUUGACUGUCGUCAUGGCGCUGUUUCCAGCGUUUUCAGAAGUAAAUACAGUCAAAAAAGGAGAUUCAGCUCAAGAAUUGGACUGGCUGACCAAUCGUAGUUUUCGUUCUCAGGACGCUGUCUACCUUCAUAAUCGAUGUUUGGAGGUCAGUGAGACCCAAGAUGACCAGGAAACCAGUGUGGAUGCAGUGGCGAGGUCUGAAGAAGAAAAUGGUGCACCACAGGCAAAGAAAAAGAAGAAGAAGAAAAAAAAGAAACACAAAAAGAGAAGUGGGAGGGAUUCCAGCAGUGGGUCAGAUUCUGAAACCAUCUACCCAAGUGACCUCCGAGAUCAGGAGACGGACCGGCCUCAGGAGACUCUGUCAUCAGGUUCCUUCUCCUGGUUGGAUGAUGUGCAGUCUGCAGCACAGCACCCUUUCUGUAUGGACUCAAAACCAGAUCAGGCCAACUGGACCUACAAGUCUCUGUACAGAGGAGAUGUUGCCAGGUACAGGCGGAAGGGUAGCUCCUUGUUGGGUCUGGACCUUCGGACUCAGGCCGUCAGCUGGGACAAGUCCGACUCUGGUAAGAGACGGAAAGACAUGCGCAGGAAGAGUUUGGAGCACAGAUACUUCUCUGUGCUCAGUCGCCAGCUGCUGAGGUCAGAACCUCGCCUUCCUACAUUACCCAUCCCUGAUUCCAGUGAUGUCAUCAGGUCUGAGUCUUAUCUGCCUCUGGGUGGCGAUGAACAGGAAGGCAGCAGAGAUUUGGGUACCAGAGGGUCAGAAGUGAAUCCACUUGGUGUGUACGACUCUUCUACUGCCCUCUGGCUGCAGGGGAAGGGAACCCAAACCCAGACGAAACACCAGAAACCGGACUUGCACACUGAUUUGAGUCGGAGAACUGAAGAGUUUAAUAGGCAGCUGAGAGAAAUGCCGACGGACACAGAACUGUGGAUAAAAUUCAUCCGGUACCAGGAUGAGAUGAGCAAAGUUGCAUUUGGUGGUGACUACGAACUUAAGGGAAGCAAUAUAGCUGAGAGUCGCAAGUCCUCCUAUCGAGCAUUGCUGCAGAAAAAACUGAGCAUUGCCGAGCGUGCUCUGGCCACCAACCCGACGAGUGUUGCUCUGCAGCUAGAGAGGCUCAGGAUCUGCCAGGAGCUGUGGGAACCCGCGGCCCUCUCGAAAGAAUGGAAGAAACUGGUGUUCCUUCAGCCAAACAGUGCCACCUUGUGGAGGGAGUACCUGCUAUUUACUCAGAGCUACUUCAGCAACUUCACAGUGUCGAAGGUGAACGCAGCCUAUGGGAAGUGUCUCAGCACGCUCAGCGCGGUGCAGGACGGCAGCAUGGUCUCCCAUCCACCUCUACCCGGGACGGAAGAGCAAAUGUUGGGUAUCUUCAUACAGCAGUGUCACUUCCUGCGUCAGUGUGGCCACUCUGAGAAGGCGAUGUCUCUGUUCCAGGCCUUACUCGACUUCACUUUUUACAAGCCUGACAGCGUGAGAGAACUGACCACCAAGCAGCAGGUGGAGUUCUUUGAGCCGUUCUGGGACAGCGGUGAGGCGCGGGUCGGGGAGCCGGGUGCCAGAGGUUGGAAAGCCUGGAUGCUUCAACAGGAGCGAGGAGGCUGGUUACAGCAGAGUUCAGUGGAGGAGGAUGAGGAGGAGGAUGAGGAGGAGGAUGAGGAGGUGAAGGACCGGAGCCGGCCCCGAUGGACGGUCUGGCUGGAUGUGGAGUCGUCUCGUGAAGCAGCUCACUGGUUGCCCUGGAGACCGGACAAAGACAAAGGCCAAUCGGAAGAGGACUGUGAGGAUCCAGACAGACAGGUUCUGUUUGAUGACAUCGGUCCUUCCCUCAUUUGUCUGUCCACUCCAGAGCUCCGCUUCCAUCUGCUCCUGCAUUUCUUGUCUUUCCUGGGCCUGCCUGUGGACCCUGUGCUCUCUUCUGCCCCCUGUCAGCCAAGUCUGCUGCUGGAGAACAUCUCUCUCUUCAAUCAGAGUCAUGACCUACAACAUCCUCUGACCUCCCACAACCUGCCAGAUACUGGGGUCAACUCUGUAGGUCACAUGACCACUCUCCAGGGACGUCAGAGCUGGGUGGGGCUUGGAAAACAGGGGGAGAGGUUUGUCACCCAUGUUUUCAAAAUGGUCCUUCCGGCUCUCCCGGCCGCUCAUCGGGCCAUCCUGUCGCUCACCUGGUUACGCUACGAGAAACUCAAGGUUCUGCGCUGUAGCAACAAAAAGAGUCUUCGCUUUCAGGGAAAAAGCAGCAAGCGGGUCGCCAAGCGGCUGCUCAAAGAACCCGAGAACCGUUCCUCGUUGGUUCUGUGGCAGGAGUACGCCCACCUGGAGUGGAUCUUGGGCAACAUUGAUGAGGCACGCAAAGUGUUCUCCACGGCCACGGCGAUGGCAGGAACUAAGGGGCUGAGUAGCCCCGCCCUCUGCGAACUGACUCUGUUAUGGGCCCAGCUGGAAGUGGAGGACAGUCAGAAUGGCGGUGGAGACGUGCUCGCUGACUUAACCGCUUCCCUUGCUGUAUGUGUGUUGACCCGUCUAGCAGAAGGAGCUUCCUCUUCAUCCUCACCCCCUUCUCCAGUUUCCAUCCUGAAAGCCAGAAGGUCAUAUGAUCAGGCUUUGAUGGACAGCUUGUCUUCUCUGGACCAACACCAUUGUGACACCAGAGGACCAGAAGAACUGAGACUGAAAGGUGUGGUCGGCUGUUACGCUCUGUUCCAGUACCUGACUGUGAGCGUCCAGGCUGCUAACUCCAUCUACAGCCAGGCCAGGGAGAGGAUGGAAGCAACACACCACGCGCUAACAUCUGAAGAACACCAUAGUGACGAAAUGAGCAUCCAGCCUGGUGCCGCCUCGGCUGGCUGCAGACGUACCAACAACCGCCAUCUUAACUGGCUCACUUCAGAGUGUCAGGCAUUAGCAGUACAGCAGGCGGCAUUGCUGAGGCAUCACUGCAGUAUUGGUGUGUUUCCGCUGGCAACUCUGAGAGAGGCGCUGACCUCUGCUCUCUGUGCAUGGCCCAACAGCACCCCCCUCUGGAAGAUCUACAUACAGGUGGAGAAUCGUUACCACAGUGCUGGGCGGGCACGGCGCUUCUUUCACUCCAUAAUCAGAGUUAACAGCAGCGUGUUGCCACGCUUCUUUGCCAUUGUUUCUGAACAGCAGAGGAAGCAGCUGGUGGAUGCUGCCCAGAGGUCCUGUUGCCAUGACGCUGCCUUGCCCAUCCUGCCAGAGAACGGCCUCAGCAACCGCAUCCGUGGACUGUUUGAGAGCGCCAUAACAACAGAGACGGGAGCUCACUGUCCCUUACUGUGGAGGAUGUACCUGCACUUCCUGGUGUCAGAGGGGCUGGGGAAUGAAGCCAGAGGGAUUUUCUACAAAGCUUUGCAGAAUGUUCCUUGGACUAAGGGUUUGUACAUGGACGCCGUGCAGCUGUUUCCUGAGCGGCUGCAGGAGUUUGUCGAUCUGAUGACGGAGAAAGAAGUCCGGCUCCGGUUGCCAUUAGAGGAGCUCGAUAUUCUGCUGGAGGACUGAAUGCACGUGCACACGUCUCAUUCACGUUCUGCGUUUGUGCACAUUGUUUGUUAGCAGCUUUACUCAGAACCCAAAUCAGCCAGUUUUCACCAAGUGUGCUGAAACCUUUUGUCAAACUGGAACAGAAAGCAAUUAAACUUGGAGUGACUAUCAGGAUGGUUUGUUUUAAUG